AGGGAGCGAUUCACCCAGUAACCAAACAAUCCCUAUAGAUAACCAGAAGAGAGACCCAAAAGAGAAGGAAAGCGAAGCAGCAAAUCCCAAUUCUCCCAAACCCCAAAAAACCAAGAAAAUGCCAGUCUUCAAAACCCCAUUCAACGGCUAUGCCGUGAAGUUCAGCCCCUUCUACGAGUCCCGUCUCGCCGUCGCCACCGCCCAGAACUUUGGGAUCCUCGGCAACGGCCGCCUCCAUGUCCUCGAACUCUCCCCCGCCGGACCUAUCUCCGAAUUCGCCUCCUUCGACACUGCCGACGGUGUCUACGAUGUCACCUGGUCCGAGUCCCACGAAUCUCUCCUCAUCGCCGCCGUCGCUGACGGCUCUGUCAAGCUCUACGACCUCGCCCUCCCUCCCGCCUCCAAUCCUGUUCGCUCCCUCCAAGAACACUCCCGCGAAGUCCACUCCCUCGACUUCAACCCCGUCCGCCGUGACUCCUUUUUGUCUUCUUCUUGGGACGACACCAUCAAGCUCUGGACUCUCGAUCGACCCACAAGUGUCCGUACUUUCAAGGAGCAUGCCUAUUGCGUUUACUCUUCCGUUUGGAACCCUCGCCACGCCGAUGUCUUUGCCUCCGCCUCCGGCGACUGCACAAUCCGGGUAUGGGACGUGCGCGAGCCGGGCUCGACUAUGAUCCUCCCUGCCCACGAAUUCGAGAUCCUUGCGUGUGAUUGGAACAAGUAUGAUGACUGUGUCUUAGUGUCUGCUUCGGUUGAUAAGUCCAUUAAGGUGUGGGACGUGAGGAAUUUUCGAAUUCCGGUCUCUGUGCUCAAUGGGCACAGCUAUGCUGUUCGGAAGGUGAAAUUUUCACCGCAUAGGCGGGGUGCGAUUGCCUCCUGUUCAUAUGAUAUGACUGUUUGUCUGUGGGAUUACAUGGUUGAGGAUGCUCUGAUUGGGAGGUAUGAUCACCACACCGAGUUUGCGGUUGGGGUUGACAUGAGUGUGCUUGUAGAGGGGCUUCUUGCAAGUACAGGGUGGGAUGAACUUGUGUAUGUUUGGCAACAUGGAACUGAUCCGAGAGCGCCUUAAAGGGAAGUUUUUUAUUUUGUUAUUUCUUUUGAAAUUGGUUCAACAUUUUCAAAGCAGAUAAGAUCUUUUAAAUGAUAAAUCUCAUGCUUGAGAGUGGGGGUAUUGUUGAGUACAUUGUCAAUCUAUUACUUCUGUUGUGAAAUAAUUGGUAACUUUUGUUUUUGUUGAAUAAUAACUUUUCAUAAUAAUCCCCUGUAUAUGAAUUUUAAUAAAAUGAGGCCAAUCUUGUUUCUUGGUUGAGUUCUUUGAAUUCUAGGUUUGUUCCAUGCUAAAUUCAUUAUAAAAUUUCCUCACCUUUAUAGGUAGUUGCAUUUGGGGCAAUAUUUUUCACUACAUCUAUUGUUCAGCUUGUCUUGUUUAACUAAGAAUUUGGACUGGUCCCGAUAGAAUGAGUGUAGUAUCUGAAGCCUAUGCACGUCUAUAUGCUUUAUAGUAGAACCAACCCAAGACACGGUGAAUAUCCUGGCUUGCAUGGUUAGUAAAGCAUGCAAAUGUUGAUACUGCAAUUUUUUUGUUUUAUACACGAUUUACAGAUGCCACUUUUCCUGCUUUGUCUAAAAGGAAAAAAAAAAGUGCAUUAGUAUAAACAUUGAAGAACAGGAAUAAAGAAUUGACUAUUGUUCUUAAGCAAUGGGGAAGAAUUACUUCUAAUAUUGUAACACAAUUUCUUUUGCUAGAAUGAGCAUCAUUUGGAAGUAUGGUUAUUUUCUGGGUGCAGAAUAGUAGGGCUGCAAGUGAACUGUGUCCAUUUAAGAUUUGUUGAGGAGCGUCAAACAAAAAGGGCAGGUUCCCAAGUACAGCAAAGUAUACAAAGAGCACCAAAGGGAAGAAAAGGAAGUCGAGCUAAAAUGACUUCCUUAGCCCUUUUUGUUUUCACUAGACUUGUUCUCUUCUGAACUUUUUGGAGUUUCCUUGAAUCCAAACUUAGCUCAACUUGUUGCUCUAUUGAGUUUGGCUAAGUAAACGACCUCUAGUUAACAAUGUAUAAAUCCCAGGAUUAACAUAAGAUGGUACUAUUCUCCCAAUUUACUUUUUGAAUUGCUUGUGUCAAGUUCCAGUUGCUUGGAAAAUUUGUCAUUUUUCUGACAUUCUAGCAUAGAAAAUGUGGAAAUUAAACUUAAUAUAGUAGAAAUUUCUGAAAAAAGGUGGAGUUCACAAGCCACCCAGAUCACAAGCAUAAAAUAUUAUUUUCUUCAAAUUACUCCUUUCACCUUUCCUACCGACUUUGAUCCUUCUUUAAUUAACUAAAGUUGCAUGUUGAGCUUUUGAUCAUUCUUAUUGAACUUACCCUGCCCUUUUAUGUGACCUUCUAAGCAUUGGUAUAGGUAGUGUCAUCUGUUAAUGCUCUUAAGGUUACUUUAAAAACAUUCUGUGGUAUGCUUCUAGAUGUCUUGGGUUUAGUUUAUUACUAUUCACCAGCGUUGAACUGUCCACUUACAACAUGCUAUGUAGCUCAUCUGCACAAUUAAACUAGGGGUUAUGGAUUCACGUGGGAGAAUUUUGGUUUCUAAUGCCAAGUUUUGUGCUAUUCUCUCUGGAGGCACUGACUAGGAUUACUUAUGAAAGAUUUAGUUAUGGGAUCUGUCGGAUAUGAGGUGAGAAGAACUUGAUACCCUACCUUGGAAGUUGCUGAACUAUUCUUAUCUCCUUUUGGAUGUUGGCAGAUAUCCAAUAUUUAGACCUAGCUGUAUAGACCUUUUGCUGGUUGUUUAGACCUUUUCCUGGUUGAAGCCCUGGUAAAAAUAUUUUUAGUUGACCAACUUCACCAGGGGAGCCAAAUUCCAGACACUAGAGGGAGCCAACUCCUGGGAAAAGGAAUAGGCUAAGCAUGCUCUUGGGCUUUGGUUAUGGAUUAAAGAAUCAUAAUGGAACAACAAAUAGCUCAGAAAAGAAGAGAGGCAAAUCCGAAACAUUAUUAACAUCCCAACCUUGCUCUUCUUAAUCAUUUUUUGUUUGUUUUAGUUUUUAUUACUAUCCUUGUUGAACUAGCCCUGCUACUGGUAAUUUUUAGCAGCUUACUUCACAACAGAGGAGCCGAAUCCUGGGAAAAGGAAUGCACACUAGAGGAGCAUGUCCCAGAAAAAAGGAAGAAAACAUGCCCUUAGGUUUUGGUUUAUGGGUAAAAAAGAGAACAAAGAAUUUGAAAAGAAGGGAAGUAAAUUGCAGAUCCCCAAAUAAGAACUAUGUAAGUUUUUAAAACCCAUGCAAGAGCUAUGCCAUGACCUUCCAAAACUUCGGCAGUCUCUACAAUGCUAUGUCUACACUCUGCCUCUCCCCCAUCCCCAUCACCGUUGUACAUUCAAAAGAUAUGGACACUGUACAAUUGUGUUCCAGGAUGCACGUAGACCAUAACUCUGCCUCCCAUGAAUUUGAAAUCCUUGCCUGUGUUCAGAGCAAAUAUAAUUGUUCUUGUAUUGUAGCUUCUGUUGACAAGUAUGUGAAAGUUUCAGGAUGAUGAGGAGUUUUAAGCUGCUGCUCAUGGAGCUUAAUGGGAAUCUAGAUCCUGUCAAGAAAGUGAGGUUUUUCUCUUCACAAGCAAAAUUGGAUUUUGUUGUACUAACAUGAUUUCAUAGUUCGUUCUGAAGAUGAGUUUUGCUUGUGGAGGACCUUCUUACCAGUACCAUGCGCAGAAUGAAGUUUUUUGCAUUUGUCAACAUGGGAUGAACCUUUGAGGACAUUGAAGGGAAAGAGUCUAAUAUAUUCUGAACAAUGUUCUCUCUUAUAAAAGGGAAGAAACUAGAAAUGAUAGAUGUGAAACCUGUCACGGGGUCUCACCGGUUAAGUUUGUCACUGUAUCUCUGUUGCUUUGGGAUUUUUUAUUUUUUAUUUCGAAGUCCAAGUGUGUUCAAGAAUUGCUUGCCUAUACUUGUAAUGGUCUGUUGUUUAACUAAGAAUGUUGCUUGGACCAAGCAUGAAUGUAGGAAUUAGCAUGUUCUUCUACAAC